AUGAAGUCAACAGCUUAUGUCCACUUCCUCCCACAAGCACUUGAGGAACAAGAGAAGGUCAUCAUUGACUACCUUCAAGCCACUGAGAAGCUCCAAAAGCUUCAAGAUCUCCGCGAAGAGUUCAAGUCCCGCUUGAAACAGGAGAACUUACUACAGGAAUACAUGCUCAUUUUGUACCCAUUACUAGAUGGCUCCCAUUUACCAUCAGAGUACACUGCAGCUCUUGAUGCACUCAAAGAUCUUCGCGAUCACCGUCCGAUCGGUAAAGAAGCCUUCGAGCUCACCAUUGAGCAAGCCAUCCUCGCCAAGUACAAUGCAAAGAAGCGGAUGCUCGAAGCUCUUGAUAAGAUCAAGGAGUACGUCGAAACGUUCUAA